ACGCAGUUUUUGGUAAGAGUACAAAGGUUUAAGACAAAAAUUUAUAAACAGGAAGAGGAAGAGAAAAUAUUUAAUAUCUACGCUUAGUUUUCAUUACCUUAUUAUUACAAUUCAUAAAACUAUAAAGAUACGUUGACUAUGACCGGAACAGCAUACUGUUUAGUUUUACUUGUUGCCGGUGUCUUCAGUAUUUCUAUAAACAAUGGUAGAUACGAGGAUAUAAAUAUUGUAAUCCAAGAUACUGUUGCAGAGAAUGAAAUACUCCUGCAAAGAAUUCAGGAAGUAUUUACCAAAACAUCGCAGAUGCUUUUUCAAGCGUCCAAACAACACGUUUAUUUCGGACAAAUCAACAUCAUAUUACCCAAAACUUGGAGUUGGAAACCGGAAUAUACAGGUAUCCCAGCACGGUCUGAACUAGAGUCCUAUAUUACUGUUGAAGAAGGAAAAGUUAAAACUCCUAAGACACAAAGGAGGAGAAAUAAGUGCGGCUAUCCAGGACGGUACAUAUAUCUACAUACUGACUUUUUGUUAACAGAAGGAAAAACUAAGUGGGGACAUCAUGAGAACGUUCUAGUUCACGAGUGGGGACAUUUUAGAUGGGGUCUGUUCGAUGAAUACAGUACGAGAAAAAAAGGACGAUUUUAUUUGGACAAGGGUGUAUGGAAUCCAGUGAGGUGCAGUAAGAGUGUGAAAGGGAAGGUUGGUAAAGGAACUCGGUGUAAUAGGGCUGCAUCGAAAUGUGAUAUAAAAGACACGAAGCAGAAGAUGGACAAAAAAUGCAAAUUUUGUCCAGAUGAGGCAGAGACAAAAUCCAAUACGAGUUCAAUAAUGGCGUACAACUGGAUAGAUGCGGUGUCUACGUUUUGUGACAAUGAAGACGAUGAAACUGUUCCAGUGCAUCAAAGACACAACAGCAAGGCUCCUAAUAAACACAAUUCUAAUUGCGGUGGUCGAAGUGCUUGGGAAGUAAUGAGAGAACACAAUGACUUCAAAGCUGUACCAUUGUCAGCCAGCACAAACACAGCGCCUAUAUUCAAGAUACUCCGAGAAACUGCCGGCUAUCGUGUGUUUGUACUAGAUGUUUCCGGUAGUAUGCAGGGUACAAGAAUUGCAAGGCUGUAUCAAGCAUGCAAAUAUAUAAUCCAAACAAGGAUUCCUGAAAAUAGUUGGCUGGGUAUUGUUUGGUUCUCUACCAGUGCUUCAACAAAGAUGGAUAUCACUCAAGUUACAUCCCAGCAAGAUAGGGAUGCGCUUAUAGCUGCAGUUCCACUGACUACCGGUGGAAGCACAUGUAUUGGAUGUGGCAUAGACGAAGCCUUAAGAAUUUUGUCCAACAGACGUGGUGAUCCUGCCGGAUCUGAAAUCAUGGUAAUUUCAGAUGGCCAAGGUGGCCUUGGUGCGUCUAUUGAAAAUGCCAAAGAAGCAAAUGUAAUCAUACACACCAUUUCUGUGUCGCAAGCAGCAGACGAAAGAAUGAUACUGAUGGCAACUGAAACAGGAGGCAUACACAUAUCUUACCUCGAGACCGGAACAAUAACUUUUGCAGCUGCUUUUAUAGAAAUAUUGUCCAGUGGAGUGACCUCCUUUGCAACAGAAUCAACUACGCUUUUGUCAGAGAAGUUGGACUCCUUGUCGUCAACUACCGUUUCAUUCAGUUUUGACAUUGAUAGUAGCGUUGGAGUAAAUACUACUGUCAGCAUACUGCAAGGAUCCUCCACGGAUAUAAGCAUAGAGGUCCAAAGUCCAUAUGGCACAGUUUAUACAGAACAGACUACUGGAGACAUCCUGAUACUGGAUAUUCCUGGCACAGCUGUCACAGGGAAAUAUAAUGCGACAGUAACAACACCAACUUCGUCGUCUGUUGAAUAUUACGUAACGUCUUUGCCUAGUGGCUCCGAAGUUGUGCGUAUAUCCUCUUGGGUGACUCCAAUAAAUUUGGAUUUUUUAACUGGGGAAUUACCUGUGAUCGAAGCUGAUGUAAUGAAAGGACGAGCGGCUGUUUUGGAUGCAAUUGUGACAGCAGUUGUAGAGACAGGUGGAUCAGAAUCCUGUGAAGUUGCAUUACUCGAUAAUGGAGCCGAUCCUGAUGAUACCGAAGACGACGGGGUUUAUGCCGGCGUUAUACCAAGGUUCUGUCUCUACCAAAACGGUCGCGUUAGUGCCAAGGUGUACGCUCGUGGUGAAAAUGGAACAGCAUCUGUACAGGAUGUCUUUAGUGGAGCUGGAAGUCCUGAUUCAGAUGAAGACGUAUACAACACUGAGGUUCUUCAGGACAACUUCCAACGAGUCAGUCUGCCCAGUGAGAUUUUAGUAUCGAACUAUUCAAGUAUAAUUGCAAACCAAGAUAUUACUGCACCUGGCCGCAUAACAGAUGUAUCUAUCAUAGACAUUUUCACAGAGAAUACACAAUACGGCGAGAGUAGAAACUUUACCAUCACAUGGACGGCAACCGGGGAUGAUAUAAACAUUGGAAAAGCCACGGAAUAUGAACUGAGAAUCUCUGAUGAUAUAAAUGUCCUGAUAAAUAACUUUUCGAAUGCGGAACGGCUAGAUGUCGUAAAUGCAAACUUCACACCAAAGGCCGCUGGGGAAGUUGAAUACAUCAGAAUAGAAAUAGAUGCGGAAGAGUCAUAUACGUCUACAACAUUCUUUGGUGUAAAGGCGAAAGACGAGGCUGAAAAUGCAGGCGCUGUUUCUAAUAUUGUUUCUAUACUUGUCGCCAAUGGAUACCGAAUUAAAGUAGAAGGUGAUGUGGUUUACUCUCCUACCAACGUAACAGAUGAAGAUAUCACACAAGAAGAAAAGAAGGAGAAUCUUACAGGACUUGCUAUUGGUAUUUCGUGUGCUGCUGCAGCUGCUGUUGCAAUCAUUGCAAUCAUCAUAAUUGUUUACGUGAGGAAACAGAAACAGAAAGCUUAAGAAAGUGUAAAUUUACCAAAAUAUAUUCUUAAAUUAGUACAUCAACUUUAAUACGUAAAAUUAGGCAGAAUGAAAUUGCUUUGUUAUUUUUGCCACACAUUUUUUUAAAUUACACCAUCCUACAUCAUUUUAAAUGUACUGUCAAUAGAUAUUGUAUUCUUUCGUUAUUCUGCUUAAAUAUUUAUCAGUAAAAUAUGCGUUAAUGUAUUGAAUGAUUUGCAUUUUGAAUAAAAUCUGUAAAAAAUCCUAUGAAAGCAUAGAAUGCAAUCAAGCAGAAUAAUAGCAGACUCGGUUUGAUUGAGUCUGUUCAUGAGAGGUAGUGAAAUGUGCAACACCUCUCACGCCCCUAGCACCGGCUAAAACAAAUAGUGAACAGGCAUGAUAUCCACGGUUUCAAUGGAGCACCUUAUUCUAUAACUUACAGUUCAGCUGAAAUAAUUUGCUUACAGUCUUAAAUCUUUUGAACCGAAGCCGAGAUGUUUAUUGCAUGUUUUGCUUUGCCUGUUAACUUAUUAUGAAUUAAAGUGAUAUGUAUUAGAUAGGCAUAAUUAUGUUGUAUUGAAAAUUAUAUAAACUAGACGUAGAAAAUUCAGCUCCUAUUUAUGAUAUUGAACAGUCUUUACGUUAUAUUGAACUAUAGGUCAAAGUUCAUGAGGUUUAGGUUUUCCCUGUCAUAUUCCGCCGUGGUCAGUUUGAGUAGCAGGUCAUAUUCUAUAGAAAGCUAGUAAAUAAUUUUAAACAGUGGGUAAAGAUAACUGAAGCCAAUUUCUAGAAAUUGUUCGUAGCGCCAACAACGGAAAUUAACAAGGGCUAAACCUUUUUUUGUAACGCGUUUACUUUAUAUCUUGUUAAUAUAAAUAAAGUUUUACAUCGUUUUGGUACUCUAUCAACUUGAAGAUAGUUUUAUUCCAAUGAAUAUUCAGUAUUCCUGCAUGAAACUACUUUUUCAACGGAAAGAGGCAGGCAUUAUUGUUAACAUAUAUUGUAAUACUUUGGACAUACAAGUAAAAUAUGGAAUUCAUUUUCUAUUACAUUCAUGUUGCACUGUAAACAAUUCCUUUUCUCUGGGGUUAUUUUCUUAUCUACCCUUUUCAACUGCUAGAUUAUGCGAUGAAAGUCUGAAUUUUGUUAGAAUUUUAUUUAUUUCUAUUUAUAUGUUUCAUAUAUUCUCUAACUCAAAAUCAUGUUUAUAUAUACUAUAUGAAGAUAACCUGUUUGAAUUGUAUAUAUUUUAACACCACGUUUGUUUGUAAAUAUCUAAUAUUCUUUUUUGAAAUAACCGGAAGUUAAGGUUAGAAAUAUCUUGGUUUAACCACAAAUUGGACAUUCCGAUAUCAUUCAAUAUAGUUUUUAUUUGUUAAGCCUAAUCAUUUCCGUUAUGUGUGGUCUCGUUUUAGUAAAUUAUAUAUUUGUUUUAGUAGACAGUUAUUAUCUAUCUUUAGUAUUUUUAACCAAUAUCUAAUCAUGAUAAGUUUUCGUUGAACUUCCACUGGGUGUCGCCUUGUGUGCAGCAUUUUAUAUGUUGGUGUUGUUCAGCCUUAGAAAAAUAAAUUCAAAAUUCACGCAGAUUCUAUCAGUGUUAAUUGCAUCUCAUGCGAAUAAUUUAAAUGAAUUCGGGACCAAUUUAAACCUGUUAGUAACGUCUUCAAAAAAUGCAAACUUGAAUAUUAUUAAAUACUGUAACAUCGUU